AUGGGGUAAUGUACAUCGAGUGAUGGGGAUCCUCAACCAGGAGGCAGAGCUGUUUUGAAGGCAAAAAUAAGAGAAUUUCCUAACAUUGACUUUUAUAAAGGGGAUUAUCCAAUAAAUUUGCACCCUUCAGUGAAUUUUCAUCAAAAACAUUGGAUGAAUAAUACCCAAAAUCACCAGUUGACGAAAUUUUACUCUGAUCUUGAAUCAGACAAAUAAUAUAUGCAAUGGUUAUACCCUAAUUUCUUUUAAUCAUUUUUAAAUAUGAAUAGCUACAGAUUAACACCCUAAGAGAGAAACAAAUUCGUGCAAGAUCCUGAUAUUAUGAAACAAUAUAGACAAAAUGUUGGAAUGUUUCUAAGAUUUCUUGGAAUUAUUCGAAAUGAAAGAUAAGAACUCGAAAUAAUUGAUGAGACAUAAUUUGAUUAGUGUCUUUUUACUUAUACUCAUAACUUGAAUAGAAUUUAAAGAUUUAUUUCUUCAAUGAGUGUUUUAGGGAUGAGAGAAGAAGCAUUAGAAUUUUUACAUUUAUUACAAAAUAAGUUAAGCAAAAAACAUAAAGUCUAUAUUUCUAAAUUUGCAGGUUUUGAGCCUCUACAGGAAGAAGGUGGUUUGGAUUCAACAUAAAUGAGUGACCCAAAUAAUAAAAAAAGUUUUGCAGAAUAUAAAGGCAAUUAUUUUUAGGAAGAUUUAUAUGAAGAACCUUGGGUAACUGUUGCGAUUUUGUCUAAAGAAGCAGUUGAGAUUCCUCAAUAAGAAAACUCGAUAAAUGAGAAAGAAAUUAUUUGAAUAUUUUAUAUGUUAUUAAUUAAA